CUUUGUGUAUUUGUUUGUAUUUGUUCGCGUCGCAGCUCCGCAGAUAGUCGGCUCCAUUAGCAGAGCCUGUGAUCACGCUGCGGUGCACGACGCCCGUUGCGGCAGCAGCCAGGCUGCAACCGAGACAACCAUGGACCGUGGAAGCGAUGGCAGUGGCGGUAGCGGAGAAGCUGUACAUGGUGGUGAUGGUGGUGCCUACAGUACGAAUGGGGAUCUCGAAUCACCUGUCUUGACGAAGGAGAAGCAAGGGGUGCAGCUGAGUGAUGAACAGAGAAGCUCAGAUUCACCACAGAGUGGCAAGGGCAUCAGGAUAUGUCUGUGGUUUUCUUUGGGCUUCUUCAUUGGCGUGAUUUUCACUCAGAUUCCCAUCCCAGAAUCACCUUUCAGCAAGGAACUGCGGAAGGACUCAGACACACUCCAUCAAUUCAUUGUGAAUGACAGCAAAGUCAUUGCGAAAGAGAGCCGAGUCAUUGCCGGUGCCACAGAAAAUGCUGCGCAUGCACUUCGAUUAGGAGGAACGACCAUGUCAACGACGACCACAACGACCACAACGACAACGAGCACAACCACAAGCACGUUACCAGAUCCAGUCUUCGUGACGCUUCAGACCAAGGGCUCUUCAUUGCUUCAGAAAGUGGGUGGGCCCUUUGAGGUGGUGAACAUUGGGGCCGGGAAACCAUGGCAUGGCUACAAGACCAAGUUUGAGCUCUUGCUGCCCUUCUUGAAGAGCAAAAAGGAUGAUGACUUGGUGGCUUUCAUGGAUGGCACAGAUAUCUUUUGGGGUGGUUGUGAGAUGAAAGACUUCUUGCAUUACUAUCAGCAGAUUGUAGAGGCCAGUGGUGCGUCUAUUGUGAUCUCAGCGGAGAUUGCAUGUGGAGAGCAGCCAUGCAACAAGGUGCCUCCAGCUCCAGAGUGGGCUGUAAACCUGGCGAACAUCUCCUUGAACGACGGAUUUUGGCAGAAAUACGUGAGUCCCAAAGGAUGUGGCAGUGUGGGAUGUCCUUGUGCCAGUCCUCCAGCCAUCAAAUUCCUGAAUUCCGGCUUCAUUAUUGGACCGGUGAAGGACCUCUUACCUAUGAUUUCUUGGUCGCUCUACAACUAUGAUAAAGAAUCCACCCUUGGGGACCAAUCUGUUCUGGCCAAAUAUUGGUUCGCCAAUACAGAUCAGAUUGCGCUGGACUAUCAGGGCGCCUUGUGCUUGAGCACCUCCGACUUGAAUCCCUACACCUUAUUUGCCAAGGAUCCCAUUACUGGAGGAUUGUGGAACAAAGCCUUUGGUCGCAUGCAGUGUUUGACGCAUGGCAACGGACGUGGUCGCUAUGCGCUGUGGGACUUGCUGGGCCGAUUCUCCUUAGGGAAACAUGGUGAGAGAUACGCCAAAGCGCUGAAAUUCAAAAAACUUUAGCAGCUGCUAUGCAUUGUAUGCAUUGUAUAGCCCAGUGCUGUCCAGAAAAGACCUUAUUAUGCAUUCAGGUGCACAUCUAACCUGCAAGAUUCAAUUCAUGGUUCUCUCAUCAAGCACUUGCAAAGUGGAUGCAAUGAAUAUAG